CUGCUCUCCCAGGAACAAAGCCUGCUUCUCGCGCUUCCCAGAAAUCCGUUUCCGAACCGGAUCCGCGCUGCUCGCUGCCCCAGAGGGCGAGGAGGGGAAGGAGAGAUCCACGAAAAAAGGAGACAACGAGAAGAGCAAAGAGACGUUCCGAGAUUCUUGUGGCGCCAUCGAAACCUUCGUCUCAGCAGAGAUCUAAUUCGGAGGAGACUGGAGCACGCGACUCUUUUCCGUGGAUCAGGUUCUUGCCCCGUUUUAACCGGUCUCCUGAUAAGCCAUUUCCUUCGGCUUCCUGUUCAUGUCCCGACGCUGCUUCGUCAGCUCCUUCUAGUUCUUCGUCUUUUCGAACUUUUCUUCCUUCGCCUUCACCUCCUAGUGUCGAUCGUUUGCGCCGAGUUCCAGUUCUUAGAGCCAAGCGACCCGUCCGGCGUUCUGUCGCGAACUGGAAACGAGCUUCCUCUUCGUUGCUAUCUCUCCUGUCUCUUCUUUGCCUGUUUGUAUUUCUUCCCUCUCCUCCUGCGUCGCGGAGGCUGUCUCCUGGCCUCCUCUCGCCAGCUCAAGCUCUGUCUCCUUUCUUGGAGCCCAGAGGGGGCGGGAUGCCUGCGUCCGCUCCGACCGCGGUCGCAAAGCCCGCGAACGGCGAGAAAGGAGACACCCUGCCGGCUGUCCAUGUGUCGCCUUCUUUGGAGACAGAGAGACAGCGAAAUGAGGCCGGUUCAACUGCCGGAGGGCAGGAGGGUGGAGGCGAAGAAGUCGGGGAAGGUACCGAGAGAGAGGGAUCGAAAAGUGGAGGGGAAGAGAGCGAGACAGAUGCUCAGGGACAGGAGUCCCUGUUUCGCUUGGAUGCGAAGCCCAGCAAGGAGACUAGAGACACUUCGUUCUCCGUCGAAGCAAUGGCAAAGGAUCCCUUCCCCCUGUUUUCGUCUUUCUCCGCUGACGAGGGGGACAGUGAAGAAGAGGAGAACGAAGGGUACGAGCGCGAGCAGGCGAGGGGACAGAAAGAAGGAGAGGGAUCUGUCGAGAAGAGGCGAAGGACAGCUUCCGGCGGAAAAGCUGGGGGAGAAGGAUUCUCUUCGCUGGAUGACCAGACUUGGGGAACGACGGAGGAUAGACAGAAGAAGAGAGAAGAGAAGGGAGACAGCGAUGUAAACAUCGAUUCAGAAAGAGAGAUCGAAAGGAGUGGAGAUGGGGACGGGAACUCAACGUCUUCGUCGUCUGCGUCUCCAGAUACAAACAGAAACAGACCCGUGCUGCAAGGAAAUAACGGGGCUCCUAAAUUCAGUGGCUUGCGUAAGACAGUGGACAACGACGAAGAGGCCGCAGUCCACGCAGCGAACGCCAACGGAGCGACGCCUCACGAGUGGAGGACGGCAGAAGCGAAAGAGGAAGCGAGUGCACAGGGAGAGGCAGAAAAGGAGACAGCGAAGGAGACCGAGAAAUCGAGAGAGAACGAGACAGAGAAAGGGAACAGGAAGGAGGGAGAAGGUUGGGAAGCGAGAAGAGACGCGUCGGCGCUGCCUCCCGAAGAGCAUCAACAGAACCCCCGAGAAAGCGGGGAGGCAUGGGCAGACGGAGCAGAUGUUUCUGAAGCGUCGUUGAAACGCAACGAACAGCACAAGGAGACAGAGGGAGCAACCUCAAAAGACGCGUCUUCACAACGGAAAAACGAAAGCUCUUGUUCUGCGUGUUCGAUGGAGGAGUCUUGUGAAAAUCGCAGGAAGAACCGAUCUCAGGACGCAGGACAGACAAGCAAACAAACAACAUGUGAAGCUGUCGAUACAUCUUCUUCUUUUUUAUCGUUUCCUUCUUCCCCUUCGUCUUCCUGUUCUUCUUCAUCUUCUCCCUCUUCUGCUCUCUCUUCUUCUCCCUUCACUUCUCCUUGCUCUAAUCCUUUCCCUUCGUCUCCUUCCUCUUCGUUUCCUUUCUCGUCUUCAUUCUCUCCUUCUUCCCCUUCUUCACUGUCCCCGAUGAGAGACACUGUCCUGGAAAAUGAGACGCUUAAACGUGUGUCUCCGUCUUCCUUGCCUCCGUCGCUAUCUUCUUCGGCUGCUUCGUAUGAGUCUGCAAAUGCCUGUCCACUCUCGUUCGACGCGUCGUUGUCUCUCUCUUUUCCGCGCUUUUCGAACGAGGCGGCGGUGUCCCUCCGGACGCCUGGGGAGGCCCGGGACCGACUCCAGGCUUCUGGGCGACAGAGCGGCGAAGAAGGCAGAGAUGAGGGGAGGGGAGAAAGACGAAUGUUUUCGAGAGCUCUCGGCUUGAUCUCUUCCUUGACGAAUCUCCUCUCUCCUGGCCGUUUGCUCGUCUCGUCGCCGCCGUUCCCUGGGGCUCCCGCCGCCCUCCCCUCGCAGGGUGAGGUUUCCGCUGCUCCAUCACCUUCCCUGGCUCCCUUGGCGCCUGUCUCCUCGCGUCUUUUCUCUUGUUCUCGCCUCGCUGGGGAGCGAUUUUGCGAGGCGUCUCCGUCUGAGGGGACUGACAAGGUGUGGCUGUCGGAGUCCCGGCCCGGAUCUGUCUCCCGGAGCGAUUCUAUUGGAAGAGCGUUUCCAGAAUCGGACCAUCAAACAGCAAAGACGUAUCUCCUCGGUUCUUCUCUCUGCUGUCUCUCUCCUCACCACUCAGAGGCCUCAGUCGCAGCAGGCGUCUGCGACUCCAGGAAGGCGUCCGCGGUUUAUCCUUUUUUGCCUUCCUGCUCGCUCAGGACUUCGACGGAGCUGGAAAGCUGCACAGGUGAAGCAGAAAAGCGGCUUUCUUUUGCUUGCGUUGCUCCGCUCUCCUGUCCCUCCGUGCUCCCGCACUCGCCCUGUGUUUCUUCGCGACACACAGAGAAUAGCGAACGAGGUUGUCCUGCCUUCUCCGAGUUGGGAGGCGAGAUCUUGUUCUCUCCCGCCUCCGCUUGUCCUGCGGUUUCUGGCGAAAGAACAGCGGAGGAGAGAAACCUGGCAACAGAGCACGAUGCAGAAAGGUCUCGUUGCUCACCGGGGGGCGCUUGGAUGCCCUGUACUAGCCGAGGAGACUCUGCGGCGAGAGCAGGCCAGACUUUCACGCCGGGGAAGGUUCAGGGAGAAUCGAAAGGCCUCGCGAAUUGCGCUGGCCGUAAUUCUUCUUUGCAUGCUGAGGCGGAACUGUCUCCAGCGGCGGGAGGUGAGUGCCCUGGCCAUGGUCACGAUUCUUCGGUUUUCAGUUCCACCUGUUUGCGCGAGAAGUCACAGGAGAUCCCGAUGUCUCAAAUGCGCGACAUGGACGGCCAUGCGGAGACGCGACCGUCUGACACAAACCCCCAGCGAGCACUGGAGUGUGCAGACGCAGGAGAGCGCGAGGUGGAACGGCGAGAAGAGAGGAAACCAAGUUCCGAAGGUGAUAACAACUUCCAAGACCCGUCUCCUGGCGGCUCGGACACAGCACCUGCUUCGCGCCUGCCUUUCUCAGAAGAGCAGGGCCGCGAAGAUUCGCCGAACAGACGGGGAGAGGACAGUGAUGAAGACUUUGGCAGAAGCGAGGGAAAAGGCGAAACUGAGAGCGACGACGACAAGUUGUCUCUCCCGGGCGCGUCGGGGGCGGUGAACUCACAGACAGGCAACCGUUUUUUCUCGGAUGAGAAGGCGAAGAACGAAGGUGCUUCUGACCGGGAAAAGAAGAGAAGUUUCCGUGACUUCCUUUCGCCUCCAGCUGUCGUUCUUCGUCCCUUUUUUCUGCCUCUCUCCCUUCGUCGCCUCUUCCUAGCUCCUCUGGUCAAGGCGUUCAAAAGGCGCGAGGCGCACCCACUUCUGUUCUCCUUUUCUCGCGACUUGUGUGCCGGAGAGAACGCGAAUCUCAGCGACUCCGCAUGCGACGCCGCCUCCCAGCGUCGCGGCAGAAAAGAAGCCUCUGACGAAAGAAACGAACCGGUGCAGCCCCGUCCGCGCCAUGUCGAGACGGAUUCAGAAGACGAAGCAAACAAAGAGUCGUCAGGCUCCCCUGCUCCCCUGCAGCGCCCCCCUGGGGAGUCUGGAUCCUUCACACAGCAGCAGCAAGAGACCUUGAGCGCCUCCCUUCCUGUGCGUUCCUCGUCCAAAGAAGUACCUGAAGCUGUCCCGGUGUCCAGCGGUCCUUCUCGCCCCCGAAAGACUGCAGAGUUCACUCUGAAUGGACGUCCGUUUCUGCGCGGGCGGCGGUACGAGGCCGAGGCCCAGAAGCUGAAGUUCGACUUUGCGUCCGUAGACGCAGGCGCGCGCGUGGUGGCGAGCAGUCGCGGCGUCGCGAACAUCAAAGCCUUGCAGCGCAACGACCUGGACUCGUACAUGCUGGUGCCCUGCGAGUUGCACCCCAAGUUUUUCGUACUAUCCUUCACGGAGCCGAUCCAUGUCGAGCAGGUGGCGCUCGCGAGCAUGGAGAUCUACGCCUCGGCCUUUCGACAUAUCCAGCUGCUCGGCUCGGACGCGUACCCCACCAAGCAGUGGCGCCUCCUGGCGAAUCUGGAGACGACGGCGAGCGAGGCUCACGAGAUCUUCGACGUCAAACGCGAGUGCAGUGCGCUCCACGAAGGCCAGGCCUGCUGGGCGAAGUACUUGAAGGUCCGGCUCCUGUCCCACCAUCUGGAUUCACCCUACUACUACUGCUCGCUCACAUCUUUCCAAGUCUUCGGCUCGACCGGCUUCCAAAUGCUCGAGUCGCACAUCCACAGCGAAAGCGCGCCGGAAACCGACUCCGGUCAAAGCGAUGGAGACGCCGCAGCCGAAGCGAAAGAGGGUGGCCCAGAAACUACGCAAGGAAGCGGACCUGAGAGUGGACAACACCAGGGAGGAGACGAAAGAACAAAGGGAGGAGAAGGAGAUGGGUCCGACGCGACGGCGUCUGGCGAGGGCGGGGGAGACGAAUGGAGGGAAGAAGGCGGAAAUUUCGUUUCGAGUUCCGGGGAGAAAAAUGCAAGAGCGGCAGAGGCUGCCGGCAAGGCGCGAGGAGAGAACCAAGCACGACGCAACGAGACUGGAACUGGUCGUGGGGCGGACGAGGCGCACGAAGAGAAAGCGACGGAGGAAGCGCAUCUUCCAGAGAGGAGCCACGGGGACCAAGAGAGAGGGGAUGAAAGAACUCGAGAGGACGAAGAGGAAAGAAAAACAAGACGUGGAGAAGAGAAAACGAACUCCGACGACCCAAACAAGGAACGCUCUGCGGCGUUCAACGGACGGGGUCGAGGUGGCGUUCCUACGUCGCCUCAUAGGCAAACAGGGACAGACGAAGAAGACGAAGUUGAAGAGGAGAAAACUGCCCGAGACUGGAGAGAGCAAGUCUCCCGGGAGAGGGCGAACGACGCGAGCGUCUCUCCCGACCUCGCUGACUCCGCAGAGAUCCUCCCGUCUUCUUCGACUUGCCCGAUUGCUGCGGUCCCUUCAACUGAAGAAAAAGGAGAAACGCUUGCAGCGGAAAAGACGACAGAGGCGUACGUUUGUGGAGGCGUGCACGCAGGAGCAUACUUGUGUGAUCAGGGCGAAAGGAAGAGCGGAGAGAAGGAACCCAGUCGACUUCGAUCUCCAGAGGACGUUGAAGGAGAAGUCACCAGAGUCACCGAACAGCGGCGCAGCGAAGAAAAAGGCAAGAGUUGGACAGCGUCGCCUUCUCGAGGAGAGGCGAGAGGUAUGACGCCUGAACACAAGCGCGAGGACGACAGGGAUCCACGAGAGAGGAGAGACAAAAGCGAAGGGAAUGGAAACUCGAAUCAGGAAGAAGACGAGAACAUAGAGAGGAAGCGUCCCCCCUCUGCGGGUCUCGCAUCCGCCGAAGAAGAGGAACGCGUCUCUCCAGGAGCUUUCAGAGCGAGCACGAAGUCGCCUUCCUCGCCUUCGUCUUCUUCAGCGCCUGACUCUCCUGCAGGGGUGGGCGGCGCGCAGCAAGAAGAGAGGAGAGACCAGGCGACACCGUUAGAUUCGGUGCACGCGGGCAGAGAUGAGAAAAAGGGAGACGGAAGGCGACAGGAGACAGACGCAGCAGGCCGUUCCGGUGGUGACGCCCACUGGGGUGCGGAGAGCCACAGGGUGCGUACGGCUGCAGAAGAGGAGGCCUUGGAAGAGCGAACGACAGUGGAGAAGAGGAGACACGGAGAAAAGCAGGUCGAGCGACGGGGAAGCGAGACAAGGGAGGAAUGCGUUUCUUCGGAACAAGUUCAGUCAGAAGGAGGGGGGUUGAACGACGCAGUGAAAACAAAGCAAGAUCUCGUCUCCUGCUUCUCGAACUGUGAAGAAGAUAGGGACUCGCGACCGCGAGCAAAGCGCACUCCCGAGGGCGGAGCGGAAGGACCAUAUGUCAAGUCGGAGAGUCAGCGAGGCGACGAAGGGGGUCCGUCUUCGCGGAAGAAACCGCGUUCAGCUUCUUUGUUCCCUGAGAAGGUGCCCCGAGAAGGAGACGCGGAAGAGACCGAGCGAGAACAGGGACUGCUUCGGCAGCUGCACCAAUGGCGCGGACUCGCGCGACUUCCCCUUUUGUUCUCUCCGCCUCAUGGUUUCCCUCUGGGCGGAGCGACGGCAGGUGACCCGGCAGGCGGCGCUUCCCUGCUCCGGAGUGUCAUCAACUUCCUCUUCCCUUCCUGGGAUCCCGACGCAGGUUCUCGGUCCCCGUCGGUCGUCUUCGAGCCGUUGACGGUGUCUCCUUCCUUCUCCGUUUUCGCCCCGUCCUUCUCGCGGCUGUCUCCGCUCAAGCGGUCAGAGGCGAGACCGGACGAGGAAGACGGGAUAAGGCGCAGCGGCCAGGGCGGUUUUGAGGGCGGGGACAACAGAGGAGAAAACGAGACACAACGAAUCUCUCCGGAGGUUCCCGGUGCGGCUAGCCGGCAGUCUCCAGGCCGGCUCCCUGCCAAAGCACCCACCGAGGGGGAGAGCGAGGAAGAACUAAGUGAAGGGGCUUCUCCGUCGCCCAACGGGAGAAUCGAAGCGGCGGCGAAGGCUGCCAGAGAAGCCGAAGACGAGGGUGUGAAACCUUGUGGAGAAAACGAGGGUGUGAAACUUUGUGAAGACGGCGAGAAAGGCGAGAAACCUGCACGCGGCGGGAGUUCGCCUUCUCCUCAGACGACUCGCGUUGCCCCGCCGCGAGCCUCCAGCGUCUCCUCUGAUUCGCAGGACCCUCGGUUAAGGCUCGCUGGGCCGUUUCCGGGAGUCGCGCGUCUGUUCUCUCGGCGUCGCUGGACUCCUUCUUCUCCACCGGGUGGACGCCUGCCUCGUGCUCUCUCGCCUCUACGCACCUCCCAAGAGAGGCAAUCCACAGUGAGGCCUCACGCGGCCUCAGCCUCUCCGUCCUACUCCUCAGCGCCACCCACCUUCCCCGCCGCGUUCCCCUUUCCGGCUCUUCUUCCGCAGAACACGAUUCUGGAAGAUCUGCUCGCUUGGGCAGAGCGAGGUGGGCAGAGUCUCUCGGUUGCGGGGCGAGAAAACGCAGUGGCGGAGGCGGGAGGCGGCGAAACCGUGGAAGGGAGCGCCUCGUUUCUCGCGGCUUCUUCCCUGUCUCCGAUCCUCCCGCUUCUCGCCCAGAGACGCAAGGGCGAGGGUCCUGCGGGCAAGGAAGGUGCCAAGGCCCUCGCUCCCGUCGUCGCCGCCACCUUCCCGUCAGGGCGAAACGCUGGCGCGAAGCUCCCCAGCGAGACGGACGGAGACAGGCUGGCUACGCGGGGCAAUGCCUUGAGUCAAAUGCAGCAGCAGGACCUUCUUCACCUUCUUCUUCAAAACCUCCCCGCGGCAGCUGCCACCGCCAGUGCAAGUCUCUUCCCCUCAGGCUUUCCUGCAGCGCAGGUCGUUGAGAAUCUCGCGGGAGACCUGUCUGCCGUUCCGGCGGUCGCGUCUUCUGUCCAGAGCAGGCCGGCAGCCUCGGGCUCUGUCUCCAGUUCCUCGGCUGCUGGAUCUGCUAAAGGUGGGGCAAAGGGCUCUGCUGCCUCCGCCUCGCAAACGGGAGACAGAACGAACUCAGCGGCGCCUCCUGCGUCUGCAAAAGAGAGCGCUGCUGCCUCCACCGUCUCUUCCAAGGGCAGCGGCCAUGUGUUGCUGACUCUCGUCGACCGCAUGAAAGCUGCAGAGAGCCAAGGGGCGCAACUCAGGGAGAAGCUGAGCGAAGUCGCUCUCUCGCUUCACUCAAAUCAACAGCAGACCCUUCAGCAAGUUGUGCUCCUUCAGCUGUUGCUGGAACUCGUCUCCUUUCUGUACAUGCGCUUGAGCAAGUUCGACGCGAUUGUCCCUCGUCUGCCCUUCCUGCUCGACUUCGCCGACUCGGGCGCCGCCGCCGCGGCUUCCCUUGCGGCAAAAAGGACCGCGGCGCUGAAGAGGGUGUCCUCGGCUUCUGGCUCAGUCGUAGGCGAUGGCGACACCCCCACGGGUCUUGCCGCCGACGCCGAGCGAAGCGGGUGCUCUGGAAGCGAUUUGUCUCCACUGAGAAAGGCCCCUGGCCUCGACACAAAUCUCUCUUUCAAGAGCGAAGGCGCGAGCGACGGCGGAGACUUCAUCACGUCGGUGGCCUCGUUCUUCGCCGGGGGCCGCGAGGAGACAGCUGCGGGCCUCGCGUCCUGCUGCCGUCGGAGACCACGAACUGGGACGCACGCGUUGAGCCCAAAGGAGUGCGACGGCCCGGCGAGGAAAGAGGGCGCCAGUUGUGGAGGAAGCGGCGAAGGCGGAGAAAGUGGAGCAGACAACUCGUGUGAAAGCUUGGACGCUCAGGCAGAGGUGAAGGACUGCAGCGGGUUCGGAGAGGCGGAAGGCGGGGGUACGUUUGAAGGCGAGAAAGAGUCUUUCUUGGCCACAGUCUUGCGCUUGAUUACCCAACACCUAGUGACAGUGUUUUCCUCUGUGGCGUAUCUAACUGAAGAGGCAUGUUUCGUCAUCGUCUCCCCCCUAGUCGACGGCUUGGCCGCCUCCGUGUCGACCCCGCAAACGACCUCGACCUCGAACUCUCAGGGCCGGCGGUUCUGUCUGCAUGCGACGGAAACUGUCGCUGGUUUUUUCAGCGCCGCAGCGACACUCCAGCAGAGCGUCUUGUCGUCUCUCAUCGAGUGUUGGAGAGAAGCUGUGAAGUGGAAACAGGCGGGGGGGGUGUCUCCAGGCGCCGCGCCCUCCGCCGAGAAGGGACCUAGCUGGCUCUCGGUCUUCCUUCUUCUGUUGUUGCUCCACAUGGCCUAUGGCGUCUUCAUUUUGCGGUUUUUCUCGAGAAAAACCAGCGAAGCGGUGACCCGCGCCGAAGCGGCGGUCCGCGAAUGUCGGGACUUGCGCCUGUCUCUCGAGUUUCUUCUUCGGGCUCCGACGGAGCGCGUGGGGUUUCUUGGACGCUGGCCUACUUUAGACGAGAUCGAGAUGGAGAGCAGUGCGAGAGCACUUUCGGCUGAAGACACCGCUCGCUUGGAGCCCAGUGAGGGGGCACCUGCUUCUUUCUCACGACAAGAGAACGGCGAGGCGGAGCCGACAGUCUUGUCCGGAGAACGCAGAGAUGCAGAGGCGAAAACGGGAACGCUGGACGCGGGCGCUCGCAGCGAAGAUCGAGCUCACGGAAAGAAAGACACACUUCCCUCGCUUGCAUCGCCACACCAGCGACAGUACGAUGGUCCCCAUGUUUCUCGGAGUCAGCCCGUGACAGAUCGCGAGGAGUACGUCGGUGGCUAUGAGCGCUUCCGCUUAGCUUCCUUGGCACUCCAGAGGGACACGAUGAAGUGGGGGAGACACCGCAACGACGGAACGGAGCAGGGACGGCGACAGUCCUUCGACCUCUCUUCUGACGCGAGGGAUUCGACGCGUUCGUCGCGCCUCCAUCCGUCGUGGCAGGAGAGGAGGAAACCUGUUUUCCCUAGUCUGAAGAGUAUUUCUACUUCCCAAUCUUUGGAGAUGGAAAAAGAUCCUUUUCAGCCGUGCGAUCUGCGAACCUGCCGCGCGACCGCGAGGCCUCCUGAGCGAAGCCCCCAUCUUGCAGGCGAUGUCCCUUCAGAGCCCCUAGGAGACUUCAACCUCACGCCUAGGCCGUCUUCUGCUCCAAGCAAUGGAGGCGUCUCGCCUUCCUCUGGCGUGUCUGGGGGGGGAGCUCCAGUGAAGGCCACCGACGACAGCGAUUCGCGGGUCUCGAAAACUUUGCAUGCGCGAAUCGACGUCCCGUUUCCCGAGGAGACAAACGGAGAAAAGGAGUGGGGAGAGGACGGGACAGACGGCCAGUUGGUCAUGCCGAGCGACGUGAAGAGCGACCACGGGGCUUCUUCCUCCCCCAAGGAAACCUUGACAGCGUUGGUCCACUCUUCUGUUAGCCUGUCGCCCUACUGCGGAUUCGGCCGGCAAAGAACUUCGGACGGAGGCGGGAGCGCAUCGGAAGCAACGGAAUCGACGCCUGCACAUGUUGCGUCACCAGUGCCUCCCUUUUUGAAGCACAAAAAACGCACCAGUACGUGUGGAAACCUCGACGGAAACCGCCACAGUGGAGGGGAAUUGCAGCGUGGUUUGUCGUCUGCGGCAGGGAGCAGAAGGGGAGACAGAGGCGCAGACAGAGCGGGCAAGGAAGGCACGAAAGGUGAGGAGGAGAAGGCACCACAGAGGAAGAGUUACAACGGCCAAUCUCACGGAAACCGGAGGGCUUUCAAGCUACAGAGACACACGGUCAAAGGGGUCUCGGGGGGUCCCAGCGGGUCUGUCACGACUCUUGGAGCUAGGAGACACCCCCUCGUUGCCUUGAAGGAGACACCUGUGAAGGACGCAAGAGCAGGGACUGUCUCCGUCGGGCCUGGUAGUGGGGCGGCGCCCCGCGACGAAGCCGAUAAGCGAGGAGCCCCACGGGUGCAAGAGGCAGCUGGAAUGCUCCCAGCUAACUAGAGUUCGAAUAGAGCAACAGAAACGGAGAACAGUCAGCUUCGGGUCCUCGUCCGGAAGGCCAGACAGAACGAGGAAACCGAGAGAGAGGAUCGCUGGAAACAGAACGGAAAGAGACAGAAUGAACGUAUAAAUCUCCGAAAGAGACACUUUUUGUUUCCGCGGCACAAAAGCAAAAGCAGGACCGUUUUAGGAUCGAUGGGGGCAGUGUGGAGAGAGUUUGCGGGGUGAAGUUCCGUUUUCGUUUCGGAUCACUACGGGCUAUUAUUGAUCAGACACUUUGUUACUAACACAGAACCUACGGGUGGCGACAGCUGGUCAUCACUGAGAGGCGACUUUCUAAUUACAGUAGCCCAGAAGGAACUCAAGCAACGAGUUGUAUGGCGCACUUUAGUUGUCCAUGUUCACCUGAGAGAAAUCGUGGGACUUGCUGCACGAUUGAAACAACCAGUUACGGAACGGAUAACGCUGAGAAAAGUGAAGAUAAGUGGCGGAUGUGAAAAGGAAACAUGUGGGAUAGCUGCGGAAUCAGGCCGCUCGUGUGACUGUGGAUAUGCCAGACGAUGAAGAGAAUAGACAGAAGCGCGGGAAAAAGUAGCGCGAGCUGUGAAGUGAAAUUUCUACUGAUGGACUGCCGGGUUGUUUGUCGCUAUCUCCGUUGUAACUACACUUGUGUCCGUGAAUCGCAGUGACUAAGAAAACGGAACGAAGAAGCAAGAGUCACCGAUGGAAGUGACCAUGCGUCUGCACUGUGCCGCAAGCACUCACCCUGAGAGCAGCGGUGUCUUCACCGUAUAAGAAUAUCAUAGACGCGCAGAAGAAAUCAAAACAGUGAUGUCGUCUAUCUUCGUAGAAUCUCACCCACUACUAGACAGAAGAUAACAAUUUCACUUGUUUGGGGAAUCAAUUUCGUCCAAAUGCGGAUGCACAUCUCCAAACAAAUCGGGGCUACACCAGCCACGCAGAAAUACUCUUGCAUCUCUCAUGUCAGCACGUGGAGUUAUUAUGUUCUGUCUCUUCAGUGCAAGGAGUGUCAGCUUGAAAGUUUGGUUCUCCACACGUAGUCCUGGUUCAAGGAGAAAGUUUGUUGGGAAGAGAUGCUGAAACCUCUUCCGGGGUUGUGAGGUCGUUUUGAGACGUUUCAUACCUCGUGGAUAAACCAUCACUUAAAGAACUGGUUGUAUUCAGGAAAUAAUGCUCCGCAUCCGGGUGAAUCUAAUUCUAAGGAACAGACUUUGGGCACCUACCUAUAAGUCCUCCUGCUGAGUGGCAGGCGUACUGAAACCUGUGCUGCCUGUGCCAUGCCGUCUCGACGAGCUUCGCAGUUCCGUGGUAUUUAUUGGUUUUUACUCAUUAUCCUCUUCGACGUGGGCCAGGGCUUUUUUACGAGGGAACGUGCGUAUUCGUCCGUGUCAAGGUUACACGUGUCACUUCAAAGCAAGUAACACAUAAAAAGACGAGUUGAUCUGGCACCGCAGAUGCAAUGCUACCGGCAGCAAGCCCACGAAAAACGUGUUCGACAGUUUCGAUGAAGUCACCGUAAACGUCACUCAUUAGCACUUCGAGGCCCUUCACAAUCGCCAGUGGUCUCAACGUCUGGGUGCGCGAACCGUUGCAAGUAGGCAUGUAAUCAUACGCAACAUUCCUACGGCCAGUGUUCAUGGGCGUGGCGAAACAAGGGAACAAGGGUUCCUCGAUUGUAUCAAGAGAGGAAGUGGAUGGACACCGCUUUUCGGGCUUCAUAUCGAAUGCCCUCGGAAAAGCAAUGCAUACAUUUCAUUACCUGCACACGUUCGGUACGUGCUAAUGUGAUUACCUGUACAUCCCCGUACAUGCAUGCACAUGCAUUUAACAUACGCCAGCAAUCAACACAGCCAGCGAAAAAACAACAUAUCUCUCCCA